UAUGUCCCCUUUCGCCUCCCAACAUCUUCUUUUGUGAGAGAGCAUCAUGGCAUCAAGAUUCGGGAGCUCAUCCCUCCACCAGCGCGACUCGCGCAGCGCCCUAUUCGAGGGAUACACGGGAUCAGGGUCAGGUGGCCGGCCCGUCAGCACCAGCCCGAGCCGAGCCGGCGGCUACGGAUACGGCUACCCGGGGGCAAACGGGGGUGCCGCGGCAGCACCAGGCGGGCACCUAGGCGUGGAGAAGAGGGGGUUCCGGCCUGCGACGCCGAACUCGAGGGGCCAGUACAGUGGUGCGGUACUCGAUGAGCUGGAGAGCCAGAACGAUGCGCAGGUCGAAGGCAUCUUGGGGAAGGUCAGGGUUCUCAAGGAUAUGACGAUGGCCAUCGGCGACGAGAUCAGGGAAUCGUCCGCACUGGCGGAGAAGAUGAACGACUCCUUCGACCAGACGAGGCUGCGCCUGCGCGGCACCAUGAACCGGAUGCUGUUGAUGGCAGAGAGGACGGGCGUCGGUUGGAGAGUGUGGCUUGCCUUCUUCACGGCUGUCAUCCUGCUCUUCAUGUACGUCUGGCUCUUCUAGUUCGCAGCGGCUUCCUCCCUCCGGACCUCUUUACGUUUCCUCUCGACGAAAUCGGCGCAACGGUCGCAUAGAAAUGCUUGCCAAAGCUACGGGUCUGCAUUGGGGUUACGGGCGUUAUGGCGCCUCCCUUGAUUUGAGCAGGGAGUUUUUGUACGUCAUAGCAAACACUGCAUUGGACGGGGGCGCGUGGGUCUCGAUAUGGCUUUGUAAUGAUCAUCGUCGGGUGUAGUCGGUUCUACCGUGAUGCUAUUGAAUUCGAAUAUAUGUAUACCACACCACGGCUUAGAAUGGGCCAGGGGUUUCUGCCCUAAGGGUAUCUCUAUCUUAUCUUAUGUCGGGCG